AUGGAUGACGCCGGCGCGACACGCCCCACAUGGCAGCAAACGGUGGCGACAACUCGACGGCGAGUCGUCGCUCGUCGCUGGCGGCGCGAAACGCUUCUCGCGACGCGGCUCACUCACGCGCGACCCCGCCGCCUUCUCCAUCCGUUACUCGCGCUCCCCGCCGUUUUCCUUCUCCUCCUCGCGUCGCCGCGCGCGCUCGUGCGAUCCCGCGUUGUGCUAUCCGGGGACGCCAACCUCCGCCUGCCCGCGACCGCUGCCGCGAGAGGCGCGGCGAGCGGCGCAGGCAGAGCGGACGCGGCGGCAUGGCCGUCCACCCGCGAGGGAGCCCUCCCAGGGAAACUAUUCAGUUCCGCCACCACCUUAGGCUCGGAUUCGGAUUCGGCUAUAGAAUUAGGCUCGGCGGCUUCCAGGCGGGUUGCCUCGCGCGCGCCGUGGGCGGCGGCGAUCGCGAAGUCGCUGACGCGGAGAGGGCGGGAAGACGGGGAAGGGGGGACGGGAGGGGAAGACGAAGGCGAAGGGCGGACGUCGCGCGCGGGGCGGAAGCGAGAAGCAGUUGCGGGGACGGCAGGGCCCAUCGUGCUGCCCCUGCAGCGGCAGGUGCGCCGAGCGCACUCGCGGGAGCGGAAGACGGGCGGAGGCGAGCGUUCGGGGGCAGAGGAGGCGCCGCGAGCGGGGGGAGGCGGAGAGGGAGGAACGCGGAGGCGGCAGUUGCGGGGACUGCCGCUUGAGCUGCGGGGGUCCGUUCUGGAGCUGGGUUUUGUGCACCAUUUCUUUCCUCGCCCCACCAUUUCUUUCCUCGCCCCACCAUUUCUUUCCUCGCCCCACCAUUUCUUUCCUCGCCCCACCAUGUCUUCAACCCCAAACCCGCCCCACCUUCAUGCGCCCCUCCCAUCCCUCCCCUCCCCCAGGUACUACUACGUGACGCUGUACCUGGGGUGGCCGCCACAGCGGUUCGCGCUGAUAGCGGACACGGGCAGCAGCAUCACCUACGUGCCCUGCGCUGCCUGCACGCACUGCGGUAACCACCAGGUGCGACGCGGUAACCACCAGGUGCGAUGCGGUAACUAUCAGUUGGAGGAGAGGAGUUUGUGUGGGCACUGGUGGGCGCGCAGCACUGGUGGGCGCGCAGCACUGGUGGGCGCGCAGCACUGGUGGGCGCGCAGCACUGGUGGACGCGCAGCACUGGUGGGCGCGCAGCACUGGUGGCGCUGCAAGGUGGAUCCGCGGUUCAACCCGGCGCUCUCAGCGUCGUACGCCACCAUCCCCUGUGCGCACCCCCGCUGCCUCACACAUGCCUGCUCGCCCACGGGGCUGUGCACGUACCACGGCGUGUACGCCGAGGCCAGCUCCACGCGCGGCCUCCUCGCCUCCGACCUCCUCUCCUUCGCCCCGCCCCCCCUCUCCCCAUCCGCGCCACACCCUGCUGCUGCACAGCCCCACGUGCCAGCAGCGGGGGUGCACGAGGCGCGCUCACCUUCCCUGCCUACACCUCCUGCCGCCGCAGCUGCGCCUCUCAACGCCUCUCGGGCGUCGUCCUCCUCUCUGCCAGCGGCAGCAGCAGGGCGGGCGGGCGAGAGAGUGCUGCUGGCGGGCACAGCGGAGGUGGGGGUGGGCAGUGGAGAGGGCGGCGUGGGAGAAGCAUGGGUGGGUGAGGGGGCGGGGGGUGAAGGGGGAGGAGGCGAGGGAGAGGGCGGGUCACGGGUGGCAGAGCAGGCUGUACCGGAUGGCCCCCGACUCGUCUUCGGGUGUGAGCUGCAGGAGACGGGCGACCUGUACCUGCAGCGCGCGGACGGCAUCGUGGGGUUGGGGCGGGACGCGCUGUCGCUGCCCAACCAGCUCGUGCGCGCCGGGGUCAUGCACGACGACGUCUUCUCCCUCUGCUUCGCCGCCCCCGCUCGCCCCGCUCCUGCCCCCUCUGCUGCUGCUGAUGCUGCUGUUGAGCAUGCGGCUGAUGGGUCGAAUGCGAGCAGUCAUGGUGGCGGGCAGGGGGAGCAGGCAGGCACGGCGCAUGAGCAGGGGGGAGGGCAGGGCGAAGGGGGAGAGGAAGGGGGGAUUGUAGAUGCGGAGGGGGAGGGGGGCGAGCUGAUUCUGGGGCGCGUGGAGGAGCUGCCCGGCACCGUGUGGACGCCCCUGCUGCCCUCCGCCAGGUGGGUGCUGCUGCCCUCCACCAGGUGGGUGCUGCUGCCCUCCGCCAGUGAGACGCCGUACUACAUAGUGAGUGUGGAGGAGAUGGUGGUGGGGCAGCAACGCGUGGCGGUGGCGGCAGCUGUGUGGGAGGAGGGGCCGUACGGGGGGGUGAUGCUGGACAGCGGCACCACCUUCUCCUAUCUGCCCUCCCCCGCCUUCCACGCCUUCCACGCCCUCGUCAGUGCCCUGCCCACCACAACUUCAUUCCCUGCCGCUCUCCACCUCACCCCCACUCCUGCUCUCACCCCCACUCCUGCUCUCACCCCCACUCCUGCUCUCACCCCCACUCCUGCUCUCACCCCCACUCCUACUCUCACCCCCACUCCUGCUCUCACUCCCACCACCAUUCUGACUCACUCUCUCCACACGCACACUGCCUGCCACUAUGCGACAGGGUGUGCCAAUGCUCCAUGCUCCUGCCACCACUGCCUCACACCCACCCUCCCAUCUCUCUCGCCCCGCAUGCCGCCCUUGCCCUGCUGCAUCGCUGUGCCCAUCAGCGCGGGCGGCAUGAACCGGCUGUUCCCAUCGGCCACUGUAGUGUUUGGCAACGGAGCAGCGCUGCGCCUGCUGCCGCACAACUACCUCUUCAAGGUGCGCUGCUCCUCCUCGCUCCAUGCUCUGCUUCCCCCAUCCGCCCCUUCCUUUUCCCCUCUUCCCUCUUUCCCUUUCCCCGCCCUCCCCCUCUUUUCCCAUUCCCACCUCGCUGCACCUCAUGCGCACCUGCCACUUUCCCUCCACCUCCUCUCCUCUCUUCGCCCUCGCCUAUCCUCUCUCUACCACUCGCACAACUGGCACCCUCCGCUUUCCCCUCCCUGCCACGUGAGCAGCACAAGAAGCAUGAGGACGCGGUGUGUCUGGGCGUGUUUGACAACGGCAGUGGAGGGGCGCUUAUCGGAGCUCGCUCGGGCCAAAAAGGCACACCACACAUCGCAACUUGUGCAACCACUGUGCUUCCACCUCUCUGCGUGCACUGCUGCUGUUCGCUUGACUCAUGUCCUUGCAUUUGUGGUGUCCUUUCUUCAUUCCACGUGGCACGAAUGCAUGGCACCAGGAGUGGCGGUGAGGGGCAUGCGAGUGACGUAUGACAGGGAGCACCACCGCAUUGGCUUCGCCCCACACAACUGCCCUUUGCGCCCCUCCCCUCCUCCUCCUGCUGCUGCUGCCUCGUCGCCCUCCCUCGCCCACAGCCCCCAAGCCCCACCACUCGCAGCCUCUCCUUCCGCUGCUGCUCAUGCUCCUCCCCGCCCCUCCUCUGCGGAGGCUACUGCCGUGCCCGACCAGGGUGGCAGCCCAAGUAGUGAGAGCAGUGGCAGGGUGGGUGCCGGCAGUGCGAAAGCUGCCGGGAAGGCUGGAAUUGGGGUGGGGAGCAGCAGUGGAGGGGAGGACACAGAGGAGGGAGGGGAGGGGGACGAGCGAGUGGAGGCUAAUGGAAAGCGGGGCGAGGAUGAGGAGAAGGUGCAGGCGGUGGGUGGAGGGCUGGAGGGAGCGGAGAUGAGAGGGGCAGUUGAUGCAAACAGCACGGCUCUGGAAGGGGCGUGGGCGGGUAACGAGGAGCAGUGGUGGUGGGAUGCAGUGAGUCGCAGUGUGCUGCUGGGAGGCGGGGCAGGCGGUGGUGGGGAGGGCAGGGCGGAGCUGGCGUCAUGGAAUGUGAGCGAGGAGUUGGAGGGCAGUGGGAAGGUGGAGGAGGAGGAGGUGGUGGGGGGGGAAGGGGAGCAUGAGGAAGAGGGUGAGGAGGAGAGUGAGGGGAGCGAAGGUGGAGGUAGUGGUGGCAGCAGUGAUGGUGGCAGCAGCGAUGGUGGCAGCAGCGAUGGUGGAACGGACGUAGUCCUUGCUGCAGCGCAGCAGCACCCGCUCACACGUGCCGGCCAGUGGUCGUCGUGCACGCACACCCCCGUGAGCAUCAUGAAGGAGGCUUCCAGGAAGUACACCACCAUCCGGUGGCGCUGCACAGGCAGGGGCGGGCAGCGCGUGCUGUGGGACGUGGAGGAGGCGGUGGGGGGCGCAGUGACGCCCGCGGAUGACAGCGAGGCAGACGGGGGAAUGGCGCACGGGAGGGCGGAGGAGGCGGGGCGAACAGGUGGAGACGGGGAUGGGGGCGAGCAGGAUGGUGUGGCGGCGUCAGGUGCAGGGGUGGAGGGGGGCGAGCAGAGGGGCGCAGCAGAGUGGAGCGGUGGGAGUGACGGGCAGCACAGCCAGAGUCAUAGCCACACGCACCUGCUGCUGCACCUCGUCUUCUCUGCCAGCCAUCCACCCCUGCUGCCGCCACUCCCACCCAGCACCUCUGCCCCCUCCGCUUCCGCAGCACCGCUCUCACUCCCGCCGUCUGUCUCCACCACCCCGCCGCUCCCCACCGUCCUGCCAGCGCUGCUGCCAGCGGUGGCUGCCGUCCUCCUCGUGCGCCCCACCCGGAUGGCACUGGCCGCCUUCUCCUCCUCCACGCUGCUGCUGCCCUCCCCGCCGCGCCCAGAGGGGGAGGAUGGCCACGGCCGCGGGAGCACGGGUGAUGCGCACGACAGUCAGCAGCAGCAGAGGCAGAGGCACUUCACCACGGCGUCCCUCACCAUCGACUGCCCCUCGCCACGCGCCCACCGCACAGCGCCGGCACGCACCUGCUCCCACGAGGCACAGCGCCUGGCACGGCUGGUGCGGGCGGGGCGGUGCCAGGGCGUGGGGGAGCGCGUGCAGAGAGCCAUGCGGGGAGAGGGGGCGGUGGGGAAGGCAGGCAGUGGUGACUCGCCCGUGCUGCUGCGCUGCUCCCUGCACACGCUGCCGCCCGCUGCUGCUGCGUCCACCCGCUCCCCACCUGACCAUGGCGGCACUCCUGCCCUCUCUGACUCGCCUCUCGCUACUUCCUCACACGCUGCUGCCGCCCUGGCUCACGAGCAAUGGCAGGCAGAGUAUGGGCACGAGGAGAGCCGUGUGGGAGGGGCAGCAGCAGGGGUGAGAGGUGCAGGCGAGGGGCAGAUGGACAGGGUGGGGAAGGGAGAAGCGGAUGGAGGGGAGGAAGGGGGGGAUGGGAUGGUGGGAGAGAUGGUGAAGUCAGUGCUUGGGGGGGCGGCAAUGCACGCAAGGCAGCAGCAGAGCGUGCAUGAGGGCUCUGAUGUGGCUGUCAUGCGCUCCAUCACCCUCACUCUUAGGUUGCUGCUCAUGCCAUGCCUCCCUGCUUCCCAUCACACACAUGCACACACAUGCACUCAAGCCCACUCAAUUACUCACAGCCAUAUUCCCGUUUGUUACUUGUAUCCUGCAAGAACCUGUCACGCUUUAAUUGCCUCCGAUUCCGUUGCCUUUUCUCGCCCUCUUAACUUUCUCUGCUCGCCCUCUCCUCCCAUGCCUGCACGGCCGGCCUGCAGGGAGGAGCAGGGAGCCGCAGCCACGGCUGCCACUGGAGCAACGCCCCCAACACCAUCAGCGGUGGCAGCAGCUGUGGUCCCGGCGGUAGUGCGCAUGCAGGAGGAGCAGCGGCUGCAGUGGGCGGCGCUGGUGGUGGUGUAUGCGCUGGUGGCGGUGUGCCUCGCUCUCAUCCUCCGCCUGCAGUUCCGCCGAGGGGCCUUUGCCAUCGCCAUCACCACCGUUGCUGCCGCUGCUGCUACUGCAGGGGGGGUGUCUGCUGCACGGCCCCACCAGCUGUGCUCGCACUCGCCCUAUGGGACCUGCUCGUGCCCUGUGGUAAAGCGCGCUGUGGACCGCUGCCACGUGUAG